AUGGCAGACUCAGACAACCCUAAAACACCAAGAACGCGUCUUCAACGCAGGCUGUCAGUUGGAUUCAAACGUCCCGUACCCAACAGCGGCAAAAAACGUAAGACAGUAAACCCGACUGCGGAACAAGUUGAACGCGCACUCUCAAGCACCAGUUUCCGACCGAGUCCUCCAUUUCCUGCUCCUCAAGAGACAACAAAUGUAAUAAUAAAUGAAGAACCGGAAAAUGUCUCAGUGGUUAUAAAUAAACUUCCUGAACCAACUGUAGAAGAGCAUAGUCAAAAAAUAUUUCGGUCUUCUGCUGCAACUACUUUUACGCAAGGAACUCCCUCUACGCCUUUAAAUAAAAGAACAACAAUAACAAGGACGCCACAACGCUCAAAUGCGGAUACACCCAGUCAGCUUUUGGCGACUAUAUCAAGGAAGCCGCAAAGUAAAGCACCGGAAUCAACAAAGUCGGGUCCGAGUAAAAAAGGAAUGCCAACACCGCACGGAUUCCUUAGGCAAUUAACUCGGGUACCUGGAUUCGUCGAUGUACAUCAAAUGCCUGCAAUUGAGGAAUCAUCACUGCCGAAUCAUGAAAAGGCUUCUGAUGAAGAUUCGAAUCAUAAAGAAAUAACACCAACAUCAUUACCAAUACUACCUGGUGAAGUACCAAUACCAUCCGGUGAAGAACAAAUGAAUUCACCAUCACUUAUUGGUGUUUCAAAUCAAAUUGUUGAAGAAAUGAACCGAUUCUGGAGAGUCAGUGAUGGUUCCUCAACAGGUCAAUUAAACGAAUUGUUCAAUAAAGCGCGCGAGGAAUCAUCCAGCGAUAGUGAAAAUGAUGAAACUAUAUCAAAACAUGAUAAUUCGAAUGCACAGAACAACGAGCAAAUCAAUGAAGACAAUGAUGAUCCUCUCAAUUUGGAGGUUAAUAACGAAUUGUUCAAUAAAGCGCGUGAGGAAUCAUCCAACGACAGUGAAAAUGAUGAAACUAUAUCAAAGCAUGAUAAUUCUGAUGCACAGAAUAGCGAACAAAUCAAUGAAGACAAUGAUGAUCUUCUCAAUUUGAAGGUCAAUAAAGCGCGCGAAGAAUCAUCCAGCGAUAGUGAAAAUGAUGAAACUACAUCAAAACAUGAUAAUUCUGAUGCACAGAACAGCGAGCAAAUCAACGAAGACAAUGAUGAUCCUCUUGAUUUAGAUGUUGAUAACGAAUUAUUUAAUAAAGCGUGCGAGGAAUCAUCCAGCGACAGUGAAAAUGAUGAAACUAUACUAAAACAUGAUAAUUCUGAUGCACAGAAUAGCGAGCAAUUCAAUGAAGAUAAUGAUGAUCUUCUCAAUUGGGAGGUUAAUAACGAAUUAUUUGACAAAGCGUGCGAAGAGUCAUCCAACGAUAGUGAAAAUGAUGAAACUAUAUCAAAACAUGAUAAUUCUGAUGCACAGAAUGGCGAACAAAUCAAUGAAGACAAUGAUCCUUUCAAUUUGGAGGUUAAUAAUAGGAAUAAAUCUUCGCGAAAAUCGAAAUCAUCGAGAAAGAAUAUAAGACUUUCCGCUGUUGGUAUUCCAGUGCCCAAUCUUCCAAAGGCUUUGGUUAAGCAAAUAUUCACCAUGUUUGUGAAAACCAAAGUCUCUAAAGAUGCAAUGGAGGGUGUAUUUGAAGGAACCCAUAGAUUCUUUGAACAAGCCGCCAUGAGUCUUUCUAACAUUUCAGAGAUUCACGGACGAGACACAAUAAUUGAAAGCGAUGUUGUUACUCUAAUGAAAAGACAACGCGUUAUAUCAAAUACUGCUUCAUUAAAUUCGCUAGCAGAGAAUUUAUUACCGCGUGAAUUAUCUGAUAAAAUAUGUCAAACAGCAAUGACAGGGAAUGCGGAGUAUCCUCCAACAUCUAUAACAGGAAGAAAUAAUAAAACAAGAAAGGUUUCGCGGAAAAAACAAAAAUCAAAGGAUAUGUCAGAAGAUGAUGAUUCUGAAUAA